UCAAGUUACAUGUUCCUGGAUUAUGAACAACGCCGUGGCUGCAGUUGGAGGUGAAGGAGAGGCGAUUGAAUAUAUAUCUAUAUUUACCCAUGUCACUCAAGCCCCCCACUUCAAUCCACGUGCGAAGCCUCCUCUCAGAUGUGCUGUUCCACUUCUAACCUGCUUCCUGAGGGUCGUUGCUGAAGUUGUUCGCAGCACUGAAUUGUGAUGAAGCGGCCUGGGUUGGAAAUGGAGGAUGUGAAAAUCAUGGGUCGACGCAGCAAAGCAUCGGCGAGGUUCAGUGGGAGUGAUCCAAUGAGAGGUGAAGCGAGUCGCCACGUCGAAAACCUGGACACUGGUGGUGUUGGAGACGAGGUGCAGAUCCAAUCGGACGCCGGGAGAGAUGCUGAUCAUCAGGUCUUCGGGUAUCUUUCCAACAGCCGAACGAGCGUCCACAUCCCCGAGUCCGGCAUGAUCCCCCAACUUCGAUUCAAUCCAGAGAUCGAGGACAUGAACGAACAUCAUCAUCAUCAUCAUCAGCAGCAGCAAUACUAUGGCGACAGCCCAAAUACAAGCAACUCUGAUCUCACGGAUAAUGAGCAGUUCCGAAUAAAUCCGGUGGAGGGCGGUUUCAUCGGCCGUUCUGGUGCAGGACCCCCUCUUCCUAUAAUUCUAAAGUUUGAAGAUGUGAGUUACAAAGUGGAACUGAAACCAGUGAAACAAGCAUGGGCCACGCGCCUGAAAUCUUUUGCCAAAGUGCGCCACAGCCCAUCAACGGAGAAGAAGAUAUUAAACGACAUCACCGCCUCGGUUGCUCCAGGGGAAAUGCUUGCUUUGAUGGGCGCCAGUGGGAGCGGAAAGACGACUCUUCUCAACAUUCUGGGCGGACGACUGGCGCAUCAAAAGAAUGUGACUGGCCAGGUGACUUACAAUGGUCGCCCUUACUCAACCGCACUCAAGAGAAGGAUGGGGUUUGUAACACAAGAUGAUGUGCUUUUUCCGACGCUCACAGUAAGGGAGACUUUGGUGUUUGCUGCGCUCUUGAGACUGCCGAGCUGCAUGAGCCAGCUUCAAAAGAUUCAACGAGCCGAUACCGUUCUCAUCGAUCUCGGUCUCGAGAGGUGCAAAAACACGAGUAUUGGAGGGCCGUUCAUACGAGGAGUGUCAGGGGGUGAGCGAAAACGCACUAGCAUUGGCUAUGAAAUUCUCGUGGAACCCUCACUGCUUUUCUUGGACGAGCCAACUUCCGGACUCGACUCUGCGACUGCUCUCAAAAUUCUCAACGUCCUGCAAAAAAAUGCUCUGGCAGGCAGGGUAAUUGUGACGACAAUACACCAGCCAUCGAGUCGCAUGUUUCACAUGUUCGAUAAACUCGUACUCCUUUCGGAAGGCUAUCCUCUAUAUUCUGGAUAUGCAAGUGAAGCAAUGCAGUACUUUGGCUCUCUCAGUAUUGCACCGCAAAUCGCGAUGAACCCAGCAGAAUUUCUUCUUGAUUUGGCCACGGGCGUUACUAACGACAUUACAGUGCCUGAAGAUCUUGAAAGUGGGAUUAAUCUUAGAAUCACUCGGCACAUGUCACAACUUCGAAACGACGAUGCAGAUUCUCAGCGGGAGUUUGUUCUUGAUUACCUGAGAAAAAGUUACAAGUCCUUGGUAGAGCCACUAGAGAAACAAUCUCUGCACCAGAUGGCGACAAUCUCGAAGGAUCUCGGGCGGGCUACAAGAGCGAAGAAAAGGUGGACAUCCUCCUGGGGAAGUCAGUUCCUCAUACUAUUCAAACGAACAUGGACGGAGCGUCGCAAAGAUUACUUCAGUGCCCUGAAGUUUGUGCAGGCUAUAGGAGUGUCCGCGCUUCUUGGCCUUCUCUGGUGGCAGGGGAAGCUCGAAACAAAUGCCAACAUUCAAGACCAGCAAGGUUUACUAUUCUAUAUAAACAUCUUUUGGACAACGUUUUCAAUGUGGACAACACUGAUGACAUUCCCCAUGGAGCGGCAGUACCUAGCCAAGGAGAGAGCUGCCGACAUGUACCGAUUGAGCGCGUAUUAUUUAAGCAGCACAAUCUGUGAUGGCCUGGCCGAACUCAUCUACCCGACUCUCUUCAUAGGAAUCCUGUACUUCAUGGCAGGUCUACGAAAGAGUCUGGAGGCGUUUCUCUAUACCCUGCUUGCGACGUUCCUGAUCGGCAUCACGGCUCAGGGGUUUGGAGAGAUGUUUGGGGCAGCGACGUUGAGCCUGAAAUCCGCCGGAGUGAUAGCAUCGAUCUUCCUUCUCAUAUUCCUCCUUGCUGGAGGAUACUACGUUCGGAAAAUGCCACCAUUCAUGAGAUGGAUAAAGUACCUGUCCUUUGUAUACUAUGGUUAUCGACUCCUCCAGAAGGUUCAAUACACUCCAGACCAGACUUAUAGCUGCGCCACAGGAUGUGAACCAAUUUCAACCUCUCCAGCUCUACAUGAGUUGAAGCUCAACUCAGGAGUGCAGGAAGCCUGGGUGCUUGUGCUCAUGGCAAUCGUAUACCGUCUCGUAUCCUACUUCAGCCUCCACAGAGUAUAAUGCUGCAGGCUGUGCACAGUAAGACGCACAUUGUUUACCGUUGCUUGAAGCGUUGGUCACAUCCACGAAGAUAGAGAAAUUGCAAGUCGAUGAAUAUCCACUUGCAUAGAUAAAAAAAACUCUUGCUCCUACAUUUCUGAAGCAAGUGCUGAACUGAAUGCUUUCACAGAUGUACCACCAUAAAAGCAGGGCCACCAAGUAACAACAGUAAUUGAGAUUACCAUUGCUUGAGGCUGACACUCCACACUCGAUCAAAACACGAGAGCAAGGUCUCAUUGUAUAGUCAUAGGUACCCUUGUUCGAUUUACAAGUCAGAAUGCGAUCGCUAGCGAGCAAUAUGUAAAACAUAAGGAACUGGAAAAAGUUCGAACCAUGAAAAAAUUUAAAUAAUUAAACAGCACUUUUUCUUUUU